GUGGGUCUGAUGGGCAGGAGGAGCCGGGAUUUGUGAGUUAGUCUGGAUGCAAACUGCCAUGGUUUCCUCAGUGUGACUCCUGCACUCGGAUCUCCGGCACCAAACAGCACCUCCCUGAACAGUGAAAUCGCACUGUCUGCGAAGUAUCGUCAUGGGAAGCCCUCAGUCACUGCAGAGGUAGGACCACAGCCAUCCCAGCAGCGAAACCCAUGCUCUGUAGUCACUGUUCACCCACUCCACCUCUUCCUGGUGCUCUUUUCUGCCUGUAGACCAAUGCAGCUGCCCCAUGGCUGAGGGGAACUGGACUCAGGUGACAGAGAUCCUGCUGCUGGGCUUUCCCCAAGGCCAGCCCUUCCUCUUCCUCCUUUUCCUGGCCGCAUACCUGGUCACGCUGCUGGGGAACACUGUAAUACUCUCCCUCGUACUCCUGGACCCCCAUCUCCGCAGUCCCAUGUAUUUCUUCCUCAGCCACCUCUCCUUCUUGGACAUCUGCUACUCAACGGUGACCGUGCCCAAGGUCCUGGCCAACAGCCUCAGCCCACGGGCAGCCAUCUCCUACCGUGGCUGCCUGGCACAGACCUUCUUCCUGAUGAGCUGCGCGGGGUCUGAGUCCUCUCUGCUGGCCGUCAUGGCCUACGACCGCUACGUCGCCAUCGUGCACCCCCUGCACUAUGCACAAGCCAUGCGCCGGGCUGCACGUUGGGCCAUGGCUGUGGGCUGCUGGCUGUGGGGUGUGCUGGACUCAGUGGUGCACACAGUGCUGGCCUCCCGGCUGUCCUUCUGCGGGGCCGUCCAUCUGCAGCACCUAUUCUGUGAUGCCCCCCCACUGCUGAGGGCCGCCUGCGGCAACACGUGGCCCACUGAGGUGGCCCUGCACGUAGCCAGCGUCUUUGUGGGCUUCGGCCCCUUCCUGCUGGUGGUCGGCUCCUACCUACGCAUCCUGGCGGCUGUGCUGGCCAUGCCCGCGGCGGCCAGCCGACACAAGGCGUUCUCCACAUGCUCUGCCCACUGCUGGUGGGUCUCGCUCUUUGUGACGGCCAACCUCAACUACAACCGGCUGGGUACCGACAGCUCGCUGCUGGCCGUCGUGGUGUCCAGCGCUGUCUGCAUCGUCACCCCUGUGCUGAACCCCCUCAUCUACAGCUCCCAAUCAAGAGGUGCGGGCGCCCUGCGGAGUCUGGGUGGGCGGUGGGGCUCUCGGGGCUGUGGGGCUUGA